UGGAACAGUUUGUACGUCCAUCAGAAGCCGAGAARGGAAGACCCCAAUCCACCACGCACUGGUAGUGGACGACGAGUGCGUAAACAGCCUGAUGAAGAGGGAUCGUCCACCACCAUGAAGAUUGAGGACAACAGCCCCAUCGCACCCGGCUCACUCCCAGAGACAUUGACAUCCCUGAGCUUUGGCGACCGAUACAACUCACCUUUGAACGCAGGCGCUCUCCCAGCAGGCCUGACUACACUCGAGUUUGGUCAGCGAUUCGAUCAGAAGUUGGCGCCAGGCAUCCUGCCCAAGUCUUUAACCGAUCUAGACCUUGGAGUUCAUUUCAAUCAGAAGCUCGAGGUUGGUUCGCUGCCUGCCUCAAUCACAUCACUUCGUCUCGGAUACGACUACGACAAACCAAUUGGUGCUGGUGUUCUGCCUUCAUCGGUGACCUCGUUGCAGCUCGGACAUACAUUUAACCAGAAGUUGCUUCCAGGUACUCUGCCAGACUCCAUCACCACCCUCACACUGCCAGACUCGUUCAAUCAAUCAAUCACACCAUCCACCUUGCCAGGACGCAUCCAAACUCUUGAGUUUGGCUCGGAAUACGACAUGCCACUUGUCCCCGGAUCAUUACCCAACUCAUUGACCACUCUUACCAUGGGCUGUAGAUACAACCAACCGUUGGCAACAGGUGUCCUACCCCCAUCGCUUACCGAGUUACAUAUGGGCUCCGCAUUCGACCAGGUCAUAUUGCCAGGCACCCUCCCGACAUCCCUCACACUCCUUACCCUUGGCGAUUUCAAUCAAGACCUUGCCGUUGGUUCCAUCCCAUCGUCUUUGACAGAGUUGCGAUUCGGAGAUUCAUUCAACAGGCCCAUCGUCCCAGGCGUGCUGCCCGAGUCGGUGACAGACAUGACUUUUGGCACCAACUAUGACAUGCCCAUACCAGUGGGCGUGUUACCAUCCUCAUUGACGACACUCAAGCUUGGCAGUUCAUUCUCCAACACCAUCGUCUUCCCGCCAAACCUCAAGACACUCCAUCUGGACAACUUGUCACAAUGCACUUACAUCCAGCAGUUGCCUGCUUCGAGGACUUUGAAGGUACACAUCGGCACUGUCGAACUGGGCAGCAGUGUGCACUUCCCUGAACCACAUCUAGGCACCAACAUGCCCAGACUGCUCGAGCUUUCUAUGUUCAUCAGAUGGCAACGUCCAGAUGACAUACCCGCUGAGAACAUCAAUAGUCAAUCAAUCACGUAUCAAUUGAUCAAGAGUACACUGGAGUUUGCGGCCAACACUGCGACCUACAGCACCAGCAUCAUGGCACGCAUCAAUAGAUUCUCGGUGGAGCACUACCACUAUCGUGUCCUGGACUCCAAGAACACUCUUUGCAUAUGGAAGGGGCGCAAUCAGACCAUGUUUAAGUUCAUGGACAUCCCCAACAUU